AUGGUGGUUGACAUCUCCAGUGGUGGCAUUUCCCGUGGUGGCAUCUCUCACGGUUCUGUUUCCCCAACCAGCAGCUCGUCCUACAGUGGUGGCAUCUCCCAUGGCGGCUGUGUCACCCACACCACCGGCAUCUCCCACAGUGGCACCUCCCAUGGCGGUGGCACCUUCCAUGGUGGUGGCACCUAUCAAGGUGGCAUCUUCCAUGGCGGUGGCAUCUCCAAUGGUGGCACCUCUCAAAGUGGUGGCACCUCCCAUGGUGGUGGCAUCUACCACGGUGGUGGCAUCUCCAGUGGUGGCACCUCCUCCAGUGGCAUCUCCCAUGGUGGUGGCACCUCCCAUGGUGGCACCUCCAGUGGUGGCACCUCUCAUAGUGGCAUCUCCCCUGGCGCUGUCACCCCCCAUGCCGCCUCCUCCCGCCGCGGUGCUGUCUCCACCAGCUUCCUCCUCCGCCUCUCCCACCACCCCCGGUGGCCUCCUCACCUCCUCCUCCUCCUCCUCCUCCUCCUCCUCCUCCCUUGCCCACCCCUGACCCGGGGGGCCACCUUCAAGGUGGGGGUGAUGGGCCCGUGGGCUUGCGACCCCCUCGUGGCCCGGGCCUUGCCCGAGGUGGCCUCCCGCUUGGCCGUGGCCCGCCUCAACCGCGACCCGACGCUCAAUGGAGGCUACUGGUGGGACGCGGUGGUCUUGGCCGAGGCGUGCCGGACCCCCGAGGCCGUGGCGGGGCUGCUCAAUGCCGAGCGCUACGCCACGGGGCUGGUGGGCCCCCUCAACCCGGCCACGUGCGGGGCUGCUGGGCUCCUGGCAGCGGUGUGGAACAAGCCCGUGGUCUCCUGGGCAUGUGUGGGCGACAUCGAGGGCUUGGACACGUUGGUGGUCCCCAUGCCAGCUCCCGGCAGGGUGCUCCACGCCGUCCUCCGGUUCUUCCGCUGGGCCCACGUGGCCGUGGUCACGGCCCCCCAGGACCUGUGGCGAGAGGUGGGGCAGGGCCUGGCCCAGGACCUGCGGGCGCGGGGGCUCCCCGUCACCGUCGUCGUCACCGCCGGGGACCGGGAGGACAAGGCCCGCGAGGCCUUGAGGAGGGUGCAGCGGGCUGACGGGGUCAGAGUGGUGGUGAUGUGCAUGCACUCGGUGCUGCUGGGCGGCGAGGAGCAGCGGGUGCUCCUGGAGAAGGCGGAGGACAUGGGCAUGACCGACGGCACCUACGUCUUCAUCCCCUACGACGCGCUCACCUUCCCCCUGCCCUACCACCACGUGCCCUACCCCAUCCUGGCCAACAGCAGCAAGCUGCGCCUGGCCUACGACGCCGUGCUCACCAUCACCAUUGACUCGCCCGAUGCCAGCUUCCACGAGGCCCUGCGCCAGGCCCAGGAGGCCUACGAGAUCCCAGCGCACAUCGACCCCAUGCAGGUCCACCCACUCUUUGCCACCAUCUACAACUCCAUCUACUUCCUGGCCAACGCGGUGGAGGCCACGCGGCGCACGGGCCGCUGGGUGAUGGGCACCAGUGUGGCCGAGCACGCCCGUGGCUUCCACCUGGAGGGCUUCUGCCAGCCCUUCUCCAUCACCGAGGACGGGGACGUCAGCGUCCCCUACGUGGUGCUGGACACGGACGGCAAAGGCGAUCGGCUGUGGCCGGUCUACGGGCUGGAGCCCGGCACGCGAGGGCUGGGCUACCGCAGCCACUCCGUCCACUGGCCCCACGGCUCCAGCCCCGGCACGGACUCGGGGUGCUGGUUUGAGUCGGGCUCCAUCUGCAACGGGGGGGUGGACGCCACCUUCGUCCUCCUCAUUUUCGUCCUCGUCUCCGCCCUCAUCGCAGCAGGGGCUGCCCUCGCCUGCUUCAUCAGACGUCGCAUCCAGCAGGCCCAGCUGAUGAAAGGGCCCAACAAGAUCAUCCUCACCAUGGAGGACCUGACCUUCAUCAACACCCAGAGCAACAAGCGGGUGGAUGGCAGCCGCACAAGCCUGGCCGGCCGCAGCGGUGGGGACACCAAGAGCAUCCGAAGCGUGACCGCAGCCCCCGACGCCACCAACGUGGCCAUCGCCGAGGGAGCCGAAACCCCGGCGGGCAACAGCCACCUCCCCCUCCUCCUCCUUUUGUUUAACCAACAGGGCCUUGUCGCCUCCGUGCAGGGCGACUGGGUCUGGCUCAAGAAGUUCCCUGGAGAUCAGCACAGUGAGGUGAAGCCAGCCACCAAGCUGGCUUUCUGCAAGCUGCGUGACCUGCGCCAUGAGAACGUCAACCUCUUCCUGGGCUUCUUCCACGACUGCGGCAUCUUCGCCAUUGUCUCGGAGCACUGCUCCCGGGGCAGCCUGGAGGACCUGCUGCGCAACGAGGACAUGAAGCUGGACUGGAUGUUCAAGUCUUCCCUCCUCAUCGACCUCAUCAAGGGCAUGCGGUACCUGCACCACCGCGACGUGGUCCACGGGCGCCUCAAGUCCCGUAACUGCGUGGUGGACGGGCGCUUCGUGCUGAAGGUCACCGACCACGGCUACAACGAGCUGCUGGAGGCCCAGCGGGUGCACACCCCCACCCCAAAGGCACAGGAGCGACUGUGGACGGCGCCAGAGCUGCUGCGGGACGCGGCGCUGGAGCGUCGUGGCUCCUUCCGGGGUGACAUCUAUGGCAUCGGCAUCAUCAUGCAGGAGGUGAUCUGCCGCAGCGGCCCCUACUGCAUGCUGGGACUGCCCCCUGAAGAGAUCAUCGAGAAGGUGACACGGCCUCCCCCGCUGUGCCGCCCGGCGGUGUCAGCUGACCAGGCGCCGCUGGAGUGCAUCCACCUGAUGAAGCAGUGCUGGAGCGAGCAGCCCGAGAGGCGGCCCACCAUCGACCAGAUCUUCGACCAGUUCAAGAGCAUCAACAAGGGCCGGAAGACCAACAUCAUCGACUCCAUGUUGCGCAUGCUGGAGCAGUACUCCAGCAACCUGGAGGACCUCAUCCGCGAGCGCACGGAGGAGCUGGAGAUUGAGAAGCAGAAGACCGACAAGCUCCUCACCCAGAUGUUACCCCCGUCGGUGGCUGAGGCGCUGAAGAUGGGCACCCCUGUGGAGCCCGAGUACUUCGAGGAGGUGACGCUCUACUUCAGCGACAUCGUGGGCUUCACCACCAUCUCGGCCAUGAGCGAGCCCAUUGAGGUGGUCGACCUCCUCAACGACCUCUACACCCUCUUCGAUGCCAUCAUCGGCUCCCACGACGUCUACAAGGUGGAGACCAUCGGGGACGCCUACAUGGUGGCCUCGGGGCUGCCCAAGCGCAACGGGAACCGCCACGCCGGUGAGAUCGCCAACAUGUCCCUCGACAUCCUCAGCUCCGUUGGCACCUUCAAGAUGCGCCACAUGCCUGAGGUGCCCGUCCGCAUCCGCAUUGGCCUCCACUCUGGGCCCUGCGUGGCCGGCGUCGUGGGUCUCACCAUGCCGCGCUACUGCCUCUUUGGGGACACCGUGAACACAGCGUCACGCAUGGAGUCCACGGGCCUGCCAUACCGGAUCCACGUCAAUGCCCGCACGGUGGCCAUCCUACGGGCGCUACGGGAGGGCUUCAAGCUGGACAUCCGGGGCAAGACUGAGCUCAAGGGGAAGGGUGUGGAGGACACGUACUGGCUGGUGGGGCGCGAGGGCUUCACCAAGCCCAUCCCCACGCCCCCUGACCUGCUGCCGGGGGCCAGCAACCACGGCAUCAGUCUGGACGAGAUCCCGGCCGAGCGGCGCCGCAAGCUGGAGAAGGCGCGGCCGGGGCAGGUGCUCAAAUAG